AUGAUGAGAGCUUCGACUCAUGUGCCCGACUCAGCAAGUCAGGGCAAAGAGGGUGAGAACGCAACUCUUCCGUGUCAUCCGGAUCAACGGAUCGACUUGUCUAACCACACAGUGGAGUGGACCAAACUCAACCCCGAGGAGACCGUCCACGUCUAUCGACGCAGAAAGGACGAUCCUGGCCCACAGAGUCCACAAUACAAAGACAGGACGACUCUGAACCGUGAGGACCUGAAGACAGGAAACCUGGCGCUGCACAUCUCCUCAGUGAAUCAGUCUGACAGCGGGACGUACAGAUGUGUCAUCCCAGAGGAGGCAGAGCCCUGUACUGUUGUCCUUCUCAUCGGAAAACCUCGACUCAUGUGCCCGACUCAGCAAGUCAGGGCAAAAGAGGGUGAAAGUGUGACUCUCUUGUGUCAUCCGGAUCAACGGAUCGAUUUGUCUGAAGACACAGUGGACUGGACCGUCCACGUCUAUCAGUGCGGACAGGACGAUCUUGAUCCACAGAGUCCACAAUACAGAAACAGGACGACUCUGAACCAUGAGGACCUGAAGACAGGAAACCUGACGCUGCACAUCUCCUCAGUGAAUCAGUCUGACAACGGGACGUACAGAUGUGUCAUCCCAGAGGAGGCAAAGUGCUGUAUUGUUGUCCUUCCUGUCGAUGGUGCCAAGAUGGAGGCUGCCUGGAUCGUCAUCUCCACCGGUGUCGUCAUCGCUGUUGCUCUUGUUCUGUUCAUCCUGGUGAAAUGUGGAAGCACCAAGAUUUGUAAGACGUUGGAAUGGAUGAAGGGACAGGAAGCAGAAAAGGCAAACAAUGGCGAGAUGGAAAACCUGAGGACCCAAACAGAGCGACGUAGCAGUGAGUCGGCGGUCUGA